UGCAGCGAGUGACAUGGCAGAGGCAGAGAGAGCGAACAAGUUGACCAUGCUGAAGCUGCGGCUGCAGCAAGUUCUGCUUCCCAUGGUCAGCUCGCAGUGCAAUCACAUCUCAAGCAUCGUUCAGACUUACGAGGCUCGCAAGCCGUCGAGCGCGGGCACGGCGGAGGUCACGCCUGUCAGAAAGCUGAAGAUGCAGCACAUGCUGAAGUUUAUGGAGGGACGACAACGAGAGAUCCGCGACCUGCUCAACCUCUGCAGCGAACUUGUGGAGCAGUCAGCUGGCGGAGCUGCUGAGACUGUCAGUCAAGCGGAUGACGCGGACGCGGUCUCUUCUGGUCUGCACAAGCGACACCCGCACGCGUCGGCAAAUCUUGAUGCUCAAUGAGCAGCCAUUAAAGCUAAGCUCAACGAGUUAAGCUCAACGAGUUAAGCUGACCGAGUUAAGCACAACGAGUUAAGCUGACCGAGUUAAGCUCAACGAGUUAAGCUGACCGAGUUAAGCUCAAGGAGUUAAGCUGACCGAGUUAAGCUCAAGGAGUUAAGCUGACCGAGUUAAGCCCCCCCUCCUCCCUCAAGGGCUACUGCUGAGACUCUGCUGACCUUCGACUCUUUCACUGCCACAAGGAUCAGUCAGCCGCUGUAAAACUCUUUCCCUCCAGCGUAGAGUCGAUGGAUGCUGUGGCAGAAGAGUACGCUGGUAGUACGGAUUUAAAGCAGGAACAAGCUAAACGCUUUGUUUUGCUUGAGGCACUUUUUACCUUCUGCCAGUAAAUCCGUACAACCGUGG